CAACUUCUGGGUACAUGUUACCCUCCAAUACUCACAAACACGCAGACUCCUAGCAUUCCCUUUGAGGCCUCUUCCUCAUCGCAAACCGGCAGACCCACCAGGAUGACUUGUGAAAUCCGCAGAGAAACCGUGGAGCAGGUCGAAAACAGUCCUACAGAGGACAGCGUGGUGAGGAGCGGUGGCGUGUUUCGCUCCGUGCUGCGCGGCCUCCUCUGGCCCUUCGGAAUCGUGGUAUACACAUACCGCGGGUUUUGGUGGGUACUGGGCUACCGGCAGCCGCAGGAGAAAGCUAUCCUCAGCCCCUCUGUCCCCAGCCCCGGACGACAGAGCCUCUCAGGCCGCAAGCGUCUGCACCGGGUCACCCGCCUGCUGCUGUCCGUGCUGCCCCGCUGGGUGCAGAGCGCACUGGGAUACCCGGUGUCCAGCAGCAUUGGGCUUUCCCUCUCACCAGAAAUCAGAGUCUCUCCUACUAAACCUUGUGGAAAGGGCAGCAAGAGAAAGCAGGAUGAGUUGGACGAGGAGGAAGAGGAAGAGGAGAGUCAGACCUGGGUGGAGGCGCUUAAUCAGGAGCUCGCUGAUGACGAGGACCCAGACGUGGAUCCCGACUAUGAGCCCAGUUCUAUCGAGACUGAGAGUGAAGAGUACUGCUCACACAACAACACGGAGAGCGACAUUGAGAUGCAGGGGAAAACGGUGAUCAUUAAAGACGUGAACACGGACGUUCAGCUGUCCACUCCAGCUGAAGUGUCUUGCCCUGCCGUCUGAAUAUGUCUGAUUGCCCAAUGUUGAAUUCAUGUUUUUGUAUGUUAAUAUAUUAAUUCAAUAAAAUUGUUCUUUACCUUGA